AUGGAGAGGCUUCCUGCGGAGCUGCUUCUCCACACUGCUUCUUUCCUCGAAGCACGCGACAUCAUCCUCCUCCACCUAGUGUCAAAGCACCUCUUUAAGAUUACUCGAGAUAACGAGCUAUGGAAGAGGUUUUGCUUAGACGACUCUUCCUCAAUUGCUGGUCGCCGACGUCGAGAUUUCCUCUACGGCCCACCGAUUCCCAUUCAAGAACCUCGAGUCUUCGAGUUGCAGAGAGCCGUCGCUCGUUCAGGCAACAGCAAUGCCUCCCAGAAAGCGGAGGCAGCUACGUCGCGAGGCAUGGCUAGUUGGGACCCUACGUAUCCGGAUGAGGAGGUCGAUUGGUAUGGUGAAUACAUAGCUAGACACGCACCGUUGUCUAUGAGCUGGCUGGAGCAACCCUUCAGCGAGCAGCACGGGUUGAGAGAGAAGUUGGAGACGAGGGGCUUGGGCAUAUUCAAAGAUCACGACGAAAGUAUGGUGGUCUCCCCAUUAGAUGACGGAAGUGUAUGCGUUUGGAAUAUUGGUCGCGAGGAUGCACCUCCUGAUUCCCGAAUUGGCCGGAUCAUGGCACGCAGCAAACCUGGUUUACUCUCAGUCAAUGGACCUGAUGGCAGCACAUCGCAGGACCCGACAAUGUCAAGAGCCAAAAUGACAAGCACUGGUGUCGUCGAAUGCGUGAGCGUUGACACAGCCCGCAAUAAAGCAUACUUUGCCGUCCAAUCUGGGCUGAACGAGGUCGACCUAACGACCCUCCAAAUCUCCUCCUACGACCGCUAUCCUUUCUCUAUCACUGCCCUUUCAGAAGCCGCUCAUCCCAUACCGUUGACUGUCGGCACGAGCCUCUCUCUCCACCUUCAUGACUCGCGUUUGAGCAACAAUGGAGGCCGUCCAAGCUCGUGGAUCAGUGAUCGUGUCGACACUAACUCGAAUGUAUCCCGCGACCUUCGAUACAGCACAACCGACUUCCACCGCCUAAGCUCUGGCGACCCUCCGCAGACUGACUACGCAACCCUCUUCCAUCCCUCCCCCCUUUCAAUCCUGCACAUCAACCCGUCCUCCGCAAUUUACGUCGCUGGCCGCUUUCCAAGCAUUCUAAACUACGAUCGCCGUUACUUCCCAAACUUGACCUCCGCCAUCCAUUCGGGUGCUCGCCUCUGCUCUAUAGCCUCGUUGCCUACCCCCAACCACCCCACUUUGGCAGCAGCAGGCGAAUAUAACGGGAAAGGCUCUCUGGAACUCUAUCCUCUUGAAUCUGCAUCCAUUGUCUCACCGAGUGAUAAGAGCCUUGAACCGGCACGAAAUCGUACCUCAGCCUCCCGCAGCAAACUCCUCAGUCUCACACCUCACGGUGCUCGUCUCCUAUUCUCCGACAGCGAUGGCCAGCUCAAGUGGGUUGAGCGUGACGGGUCAACUCUAGUCCGCAGGUGGAACAUCAAUGCGGUGAACAAAUUCUUCAAUCCCGUGAGCGCACGAAGCGGCAUCUUCAAUGCCGAUCCCAACGAAGGCGACGUAGCGCGGAAACUGCUUCCUGUCGGCACUGGAGCGAGGAGCGAGGUGUGCGUGUGGACCGGAGACAAGGUCGGGAUACUAGGCUUCAAGGACAAGCCGAGGUUUUGUUUCGGCGUGGAUAAAGACGGGACUUGCACUCCGGACGGAAGUUCUGAUGGAGAGAGUGUUGAUGAGAGGGAUUAUGGGAAGAUGAUGAGAAGAGCAUUGGAGAGGCAGGCCGACGAGGCCAGAUUUAUGAGAGGACUGGGAUUGGGAGGUUAG